AUGGUGGGUUCGAUCGGAUUGAACCUACUGAUCAAUAAUGCUGGGAUAUCCACUAAGUUUACCAAGCUUAACCUUGUGAAGACUGAGCAGUUACUUGAUAAUCUCACGAUCAACACCAUCGCACCCAUCAUGCUUACAAAGACCCUCUUGCCGCUACUGAAACAAGCAGCUGAAGCCAACAAAGACCAGCCCUUCGGAGUCCGUCGCGCUGCCGUUAUCAACAUGAGUUCAAUUCUGGGAUCUAUCGCGCAGAACGACCAGGGCGGGUUCUACCCUUACCGGUGCUCAAAGGCGGCUCUCAACGCUGCAACCAAAUCCAUGAGUAUUGAUCUCAAGAAGGACCAGAUCCUAGUGGCAAGCAUGCACCCAGGUUGGGUGCGUACCGACAUGGGUGGCAAGAACGCGCCGCUAGACGUGGACACGAGCAUCGCCGGCAUCUUCGCCACGGUGGAGCGACUCGGCGAGGCUGACACUGGCCGGUUUUUGCAGUACGACGGAUCUGAGCUGCCGUGGUAAUCGGUAGGACGUUGAAUGAUGAA